CCAGCAGGGACCCCGGGCCCCCGUUAUCCAUGAAAGUGCCCCUGCUCCCGCCCCACACUGGAGAAUAGCCCCGCUCCCGCCCCGCUUUGGAAAACACCGCGUCUCCUGCUCCAUGCUGGAAAAUCCCCACCCUCCUGCCCCCCGCUCCUGCCGCCGCCCGCAGGCAGCCCCCCCGAGCAGCCCCGGCACCCCCCGGCUCUCCCGGCAGCAAACACCGAUGCUGCGGGCACAGCGCGGAGUGGAGCGGGCCCCGCGGGCUCUGCCCACGCUUCAGGCACGGGGGGACGGGCGGGGGGGUCGGUGCCGCUCGGUGGGGGGGUCAGGGAGCCGCCCCCCAGCAGCGUCAGUGCUCCCAUCCCGCAGCAUCGCCCGGAGCAUCGCCCGGAGCAUCGCCCGGAGCAUCGCCCGGAGCAUCGCCCGGAGCAUCGCCCGGAGCGCGGUGGCUGCGAUGGGUGACAGGGGGGCUGAGCAGGGGGCUGCGAUGGGUGACAGGGGGGUUGAGCAGGGGGCUGCGAUGGGUGACAGGGGGGCUGAGCAGGGGGCUGCGAUGGGUGACAGGGGGGCUGAGCAGGGGGCUGCGAUGGGUGACAGGGGGGCUGAACACGCCGCGCCGACGGAGCUGGAGGAGAUCGUCAGCAGAAUCUCUGAUCUGAACAAAUGGAGAGAAAUCUUUAGUUUCCGUGGCUUGGAAAUCAACAAUACAAUUCAUCAGCGAGGCCGGGGCAGAGCUGGCGAUGGAUCACCCGGAGCUGGGGAGCCCCCGGGGCCGCAGCCCCCCUCUACCGUCCCCCAGCCCCUCCUGCUCCCUCCGGGCACGGGCGGCCGCCCCCUCUCCCCGGACGCGGCGAUGGGGCUGCAGAAGCUGCUGUUUGGGAACACAACCCCCCUGUUCAGCUGCGAGUGGGCAGCAGCACACUUCAGGUUCCGCCAGCCACACUCUGACCUGGCCUACGCGCUGCAGGCAGGAAAGGGGGGAACGAGAGCUGUUCUGAUGGCUGUACAAGCACACAUCAUCACAUACCUGCUCUUCACAAGAGACACAGAAUAUACUCACCUGGACAGGCUGUGCCGGAUCGGGCGGCGGGAACAGGGGCAGGCACUGGCCGUGGCCCUGGCAGAGACCCUGUGGGCAGCAGGAGGAGGUGGCAGAGCCGUCGUCUGCCUCACCACCACAGCUGGCCCCGCGAUGCCCCGCGCAGGCUGCAGAGCAGACGCCUUCACGGACAGAAUCCGGCUCUUUGAGUUCUCGGAGAAAGCUGCAGCUCAAGAGUUCAUCUCCCACCACGUAAACUGUUUCAGGUGUGAAGGAAGCCACGGAGUGAUCCUAUUUUUAUACAGUUUACUUUUCUCUAGGACACUUGAAAGGGUCCAAGAGGAUUUGGGUGACACAGCUCCUCUGCUGAACGUCAGUUCUGGAAAUGUCACCUGCACAGAGGCCGUGCUCAGCCUCCUCCUGACGGGACGGGCGAGCCCCCGGGAGCUCGGCGGUGGGGCCGGGGAGGCCCGGGGGCAGCGAGGCCCGGUGGGCUUCCUGCGCUGGGAGCGGGCAGCGGAGCGGCAGGUGAGAGGCAGGGGCCAGGGCAGAGGGACCGCGGCUCCCCUCGGGCUCACAAGGCUGCCCUGCCCUGCCCUGCCCUGCCCUGCCCUGCCCUGCCCUGCCCUGCCCUGCCCUGCCCAGGUGAGCCCCGCGCUGCGCACCCCCCGCCUGCCCGUGUGGCUGUGCGGUGUCCCCGGCAGGCACGGCGUCCUCUUCGGCACCGACCCCCGGCUGCUCUCCCACUGGAGAGCAGAGAGGCUCUUCCACCUCCACUUCUACAGCGGGCAGCAGGAGCAGACCCGGACGGCACACCUGACGAUAGACACUCACUCGCAUCACUGGGAAGAGGCCCCAAGUGCAGACGCCUGCAGCCCAGGGAAGAGGUGCCCAGCCCUGGAGAUGGCAAUCAGGACCAAGUGGGCAGGUGCCACCGUCAGCUGGAAUGGGACAGACCCCUUCUUCUGAGGAGUGAGCAGGAUGGACCCCUGCUCCUGAAGAGUGCUGGCAUCUCCCGUGUGCUGCCAACUGCACUGGUCACUGCAGCAUGGACAAAAACACCUCCCCAGAUCAAACAGCCCUUGGUGCACUGAGGGGCCGCCCUGUUCACAAGGCAUCACACCCACUGAGGAAGCGUGUGCAGGUGAGGAACGGUCACCAGCAACGCUGCCCCACCACACACCUUUUCCAGGGGGUAGGAUGCUGCUUCCCAUGACAGCUGGUAGGAAAAGGAAAGAGUCAACCCCCGGCACGGCUGCCCAGGGCAGUGGUGGAUCAUUCUGGCAUUUGUGAUUCAGUGAUUUUACUGCCAUGCCAAAUCCUGGCACCCUGCAUCAGCCUGGCAAGCACGGGCAGGGCACAUAACUUCUCACUCACAGUGACCACUGUCCACUUCCUUCUUCGUUGCCAUCACUCAAAGAAGAUCUAUUAGUCAUACCCUUAGUGCUAAUGUACAGUUGCUAAUGACAACUGCACUGAGAACAAUAAACCUUCUGCAAGCAAUCCAGAA